AUGAAAAUAUUACCUUCUAUUAUUGAAUUAAAUGAAGACGAGAUGGUAUCUUAUUUAGAAGAUUGUAUCCAAUCAAUUAAUUCUAUUUUAUCAAGUGAUACUAUCCCUUUUGGUGCUUUAUAUGUUUAUAAUGAUCGAACUCAUCAUGUAUUAAUGCAAACAAUUAUUUCUAUUUGUAUAUCACACAAAUGGGAUUUUGUUAGUCUUUAUCCAAAAUAUACUAAACUGAUUUUUACUCUAUUUUGUAAUAUUGGAAUGGUAUCCUGUGAUGACUUCUUUGGUAAUCAUCUUCAUGAAACAUUACUAUUUUUAUUAAACGCUUUACAAUCUGGUGAAGAAUCUGCUAUCCCUGUUUUUGAACAAAUUAUCUUAUUCACUUUUAAAAGUCAUCUUCUAAAAUCUGUAAGAAUCCUCACUACUCCUUCAACAGAUCAUUCUUUAUUAUUGUCUCAUCAUUUGGAUUUAAUCAAUAAAAUCAUCGAAAUUCUCCUUCAAAGUCUAAUUAAUGGAAACAUGGACUUAUACUGUAUUUCAAAAGCUUUGUUACCUUCUCUUCUUCUUUAUCCUAAAAUAUAUCACCACUUGAAAUCUUCUCUUUUACUCAAUUACUCAAACUCUCUUGAUCUAAAUCUCGCUUUCUCCAAACUCGACGCUUCUAUCUCUUCUUCUUGUGAUUCUGAUGCUUAUGAUAACUUCUUUAACGCUUGCCAAGUCUUCCAACAUACUUCUUUAUCUCUGUUUAAACAAUGA